AGCUCUUUCGGCCCUUGCAGCGACUUCAGCUUCGGCCGCGUGACCGAUUGCCGCCAUGUGGCGCUGUGGACUGGUCGCUGCCCAGUUUGUGGGCAGCCAGGGCCAAAUUUUCCUCACUGACUCGGAGCUGGCUGCGGAGGCCGGCCCGCUGCCAGAUGAAUCUGAGUGGCUUCAGAAAGGCCUCGACUAUGUGGAUCACCCUGGCCUGUCGAAGGAUGCCAAGGCAUAUUUGGCAGGCACGGCGCCGGGUGUGGAGCAGUGGGAUGGCGGCGAAGACUGGGAGCAGUGGCUCACCGAAGCCAUGGAGAAGCUGCCCACAGGCGUGGAGGUGGACGACCACCAGGGCACCCCCAUCGGCGAGGGCGAGUCCAUCGCGCUGGUGGCGGCGGAGAUGGAGAUGAUUCCUGAUCAGCUGAGCAAGCUGCCUGAGGCCUUCCAGAGCGGGCUCUUCACGCCCUGCCCUUCGGAGGGGUGCCCCAAGUGGCCGGUGAUGCUGCGCAUGUCCCACACCCAGGCCGUGGGUGUGGACCUCCUGCGCUACGCCUUGAAGAUUGGGGCGGAGAAGGGUGAGACGAUUGACCUCACCUUCACAGAGACGCUGAACGCCUUCCCCAUUGGCACCAAGGAUCAGUUGAAGGCCUUCGCCUUCGGGGUGAAGUACGGCCAGGCCGCAGCGCUGCUGAGGUAUCCCUUGGAGAUGGGCCAAGUGACUUUGAACGGCCUGAAGACGGCCUUCAAGUACAAAUCCGCCAGUCAGGUCUAUGCCGCGGUGAGCAAGGACUACUACUCUCUGACACCCUGGCGCAUCGGCGGUGGCGGCAACGGGGAGACCCCCGGUGCCUUUAAGUACCGCCUGACGGCGGCAAUGGCCCGCGAGAAGUUCCCUGCGGAGAAGGAGAUCAAGUCAAAGGGCUUCAAGCAGGCCAUGCGGGACCAGGCGGUUGGACACCUGUCUGAGAAGGCCUGGACCUACAACUUCGAGAUCCAGGUGGCGACAGAUCCCAAGAAGCACUCCAUUGACGACGCGGCGGACGAGUGGGAUGAGGCCUCGGCGCCGUGGAUCAAGAUGGGCCGCCUGGUGAUCCCCAAGCAGAGCUUCCAGUCUCCCGUGACCACGGGCAACGCGGUGGGCCAAGGCCUCUGGCAGGGCCAGCAGCAGGCGGCCUUCAACUCCAAGGAGUUCCUCUUCUCUCCGGCCAUGUCGCCGCAUGCGCCCCUGGGAGCCAUCAACGCCUUCCGCGCCGACCUCUACCCCAGCUACGACGAGGCCCGGCAGAAGCACCUGCUGGGGAAGAGCGGCAAGCCCCGGCAGUGCCCCUUCAAGGAGACAUCGCUUCCUGGCUGCGCUGAGCGCUGAGCCUGGAGGAGCUCGAGUCUUUGAGAAAGCGCCUGCGCAAGGGGCGCAGAGUGGCCGAUCGUUUGAAGAAGCGCCGAUCGUUCAGAUGCAGCCGCGCGGAG